AUGCAAAGCCCUAGCAAACUGUGUGUUGCCACUGGGUCCACGCAACCUGCUGAGUCCAGGCUCCAAGGUUGGGCCGACCUCCCUAAUGGUCUGCUUGACUCCAUUCUUGCUUUGUCAGGAUCCUUCCGUGACCUUCUUGCCUUUGCUGCAACCUGCCGCUCUUGGCGUGCUGCAUUCUCUUCAUACCCGUCCAAAUCUGCAUUCUGUGCCAAAUUCCCACCGCUUCUCGUCCAAUUCCAUGUCCUUGUUGAACCUGCUCCUGAUGUCCCUUCCAACAUUCACCAUGAGCUACGCACAUGUAAAGUCAUUGAUCCGACCAACAAGAACAUCGCCCUUCGCUGCCAGAUUCCUCUAGAUAUUUAUGUGGGGGAGAAGCGUUUUGUUGGCACUUCCUAUGGUCAACUAAUCAGCUGCCAUGGUGGAUAUUGUAUUGUUUUUGAUGUGUUCAGUGGUGCCGAGGUUUCACCUCCACGUCUCCCCUUUGACGGUGAUUUUCAGAUGGAGUUCUACUACUGCGGCACUCUGACAGCUCCCCUUACAUCACCCAACUCACACCUUCUUGUUGGCACUCAGACCUCCCUGUUUGAUUGGCCGGUUGGAAGUGACUCUUGGUCUGAACUCCAGCUUUCUGAUGCACGGAUAGAACAGAUUGUGGAAUGGAAUGGUCAGUUCAUCGCUAUGGAUGAUUCUUAUAAGAUCUACACGUUACAUCUGUCCCCACAGCUUGGUCUGCAAGAGAUAACAACUGAGUGGGUCGGUGACCUGCCACCAUGCUCGUAUGUGAAACCAUGGCUAAUUGUCUGCGGGGACAUGCUUCUGAUGGUUUCCUGUUUCAGUACAAUGUCCCCAAGCUACUCAGUACUGCAAUGUAUACCUCACCGCCUUGACAUCUCGACCACCCCUGCAAAAUGGAUGGAGGUGAAGCAGCUGGAUAAUUGGGCACUCUUUGUAGGAGGUGAUGUGAGGGGCCGGCCAUUUUCUUGCCUGAGGCCAGAACGAUGGGGAGGAAGGAGCAGGUGGUUGUACUAUGGGGGCCAUCGCUCUAUUGCCGUACAUGGGGUGGGUGAUGAGCCAGAUCCAUCUGGCGCCCGUCGCAUAGAAUAUGAAAGAACCAGAUCCCGCAAGCUGUGGCCCCUCUGGGUGUAUCCGAGCAUGUUCUACUUAGAUGUCCAGUGA